UUCCCAUGAGCCCGCGGGAGCGAGGAGACUACAACUCCCGGCGUGCUCCGAGGCAGUCGGAAUUAACCCUUCGGGGCCCGCAGCCGCCCUGCGCCCCGCCUCCCUUACCUGGAUUCCGCAGGAACAAAAGCAGUCAGCAACCCUUCCUUUCUCCCUAACGCCACUGACUUCGACCCUCCCCUUGCGCUCCCCAGCAAGACUCCCUGGCUAUUUAAACAGAGAUGGGUGCCCCCAUCGGCACACUGUCCUUUGGCCACCGGACAUCAUGCCUCCCAAGAAGGAUGUUCCUGUGAAGAAACCAGUGGGGCCCUCUAUCUCCAAGCCUGCUGCCAAGCCAGCAGCAGGGGCCCCUCUAGGCAAGACCAAGGCUGAGCCAACGGCAGCUGUCCCUUCGGCUCCUGAGAAAACCCGGGAGCCCCCUAUCGAUCUCUCCAAAGUGGUGAUCGAGUUUAACAAGGACCAGCUGGAGGAGUUCAAGGAGGCCUUUGAGCUGUUCGACCGAGUAGGGGAUGGCAAGAUCCUGUACAACCAGUGUGGGGAUGUGAUGAGAGCCCUGGGCCAGAACCCCACCAACGCCGAGGUGCUCAAGGUUCUGGGACACCCCAAGAGUGAUGAGCUAAAGUCCCGGCGUGUGGACUUCGAGACUUUCCUGCCCAUGCUCCAGGCGGUGGCCAAGAACCGAGACCAAAGCACAUAUGAGGAUUACCUGGAGGGGCUUCGGGUGUUUGACAAAGAAGGGAAUGGCAAAGUCAUGGGAGCAGAGCUCAGACAUGUCCUCACCACCCUGGGAGAGAAGAUGACUGAAGAGGAAGUGGAGACUGUUCUUGCAGGACAUGAGGACAGCAAUGGCUGCAUCAACUAUGAAGCCUUCCUGAAGCACAUCCUAAGCGUCUGAACACUACAGAUGCAGUGGGGUCGGAUACUGGACAUCCCGCAGUUGGAAGCACGUUCCUGCCACUAGGAGGCCACCUAUUUUGUUUCAAAAUAAAGAGACGGUUCCUCCCUUGG